UGGUGAUUCUUAAUUGAUCGCUCUCAGGUGGCACCUGCGUGCGUUGUGCGCAGAAAGCAACAGGAAUCCGGUGAUGUCUUGCGAACAGAGAAUAAAAAAAGCUUUCUCUUUAUUUGUGGUAGUUGUUUAUUUUCACGUUUUUCCAGUUUGCUAUUCGGUGAGUUUAGCGAAGUGGGAAAAGUUUAAACAAGACAGCGACGUCCAGCAAGGAAAUUGGCGCCGGGAUGAGCAGAGUCAGGACGCAAAUCUGCGCACAUCGGACAAGCCGCGACUCCAGCAGCUUCGGCCUGAAUCUGUUGCCUUUUCCGAGGAGCCGUUCCCAUAUUUCAGUAUAUGGACACAUAAUGAAACUGGCAGCAAGUCUGCGCCCAGCAGCUUAUCCUGGGUUGUCGGUAAUAUCAGUGUGGAACCAAGCUCCUCGUCUUUAGGCUCUGAAUAUGGAUAUCAAGCAGAUGUAACAGGCUUUCAUGGAGACCAGGGGAAGGUUUGGGGCCCAUCGUUUGACUCCGGUCCACGUUCCUCUGAAUGGCUGGCUAUGAGGCCUUUGGUGCAGUGUGAUGAUGAUGCCAUGACCUUCACUGCCUCAGGUCAAGGAUUCGCACAUCUGUUAGUGGACAGAGGGGGAUCCUCUCCCAUCUCCCUGUUCCAGUUACCACCAUACUGUGGGUACUCAGUCAGGAUGUCAUGGAGUGACCUUGAGGUGAUGGUGCCAUUCGAUGCAUGUUAUGUUACACAUGAGAAUGGCAGUCAUGUGCUGCCCCUGCUGUGGUGGGGCAGCCCACUGAAGCUCUCCUGUCCAGUGCAGAUGUUCACUCCUGCCCCUUCCUCAUCCCCCUCUACCCUGUCAGUCUUCUGCUCCCCCUACAGCAUGGCGGUACAGACACAUGGGCAGGAGCAGGAUAUACUGCUGCUGGGAGUCAUGGUGAAUGGAGGUUGGGGACCAUUUGUAUCUGAAGAGUGUGCGUAUCAUGUCCACUCCCAGCCUGAGGAGCUCACCUUCUACAUCCCCUACAGUGCUCCUUGUAUCACUAUCGGAGACAGCCUGUAUGUUCAGUUUAUAACAGAUGAUCAGGGAUACAAACUCUCCUGUCCAGUCCCUCCACAGUUUCCAUCCGCCCCCUCUCCGCCCUCUUCUCCUACUCCAUCUCCUGGUGACCCUCAGUUUCCCUACUUUCCAGAUGUUGUUAGUCAUGCACUCCCCACUCCUCCUCCCCCUCCUCAUAUUCCAGACUACUCAUACCCUGGGCUCCAGUACCCCCAGCUUCCCCAGGUCUAUCCUCCUGGUCCACAACCCCCACGCCGCCCCCAGCCCACUUCUGACAGUCCUCCAGGGCACCAGCCCCAACAGCAGCAGUUCCUCUACCCCACAGGGCUUGAAGAGUUACCCAGCUCUCCUGGAGAGCACCCAGAGCUUCCUUCCCUUUAUUACCAGCCUUCGUUGGUGGAUCAAACUACAUCUGUCUCAAAUCGUAGCCCAACUCAGGGUAGUCAUUCCCAUCAAGCUUAUAAAUUAUCUCCCAGGCCUUCUCAGUAUCCCUCUGCUCUGCCUUACCCCUAUGACGAGGGUCUAUUUUAUCCACCUAGUUUUUACAGCUCUCACUAUCCUUAUGGACCAGUUUCCUACCCAAACCCUGAUCUUGAGGUGCAACCACUUGCUGCUUCACAUCCAACCACCAGGAUUACGGUUCCCAAAAAACCGGACAGUCCCCCUUAUCCCUCUGGCCAGUUUUACCCCUUUUACUUCCCAUCUCUUCUGGCUGCCAAAGAGAAGCCUCCAACCAUUCCUCAGAAACUCACAGCUUCACAAGCCACCUGCCCCCCUGGCGCCACUCACAGCAUGUGUACCUACUAUACUUAUCCUUAUUAUCCCCAUCAUCCUCUCCACUACCCUCCUGUGCCCCAGUAUAGAGAUACUCAAUUACCAGUGAGAAAGCCUUCAGCCACCACUACUUCUGCUAUUAUGACUGCAACAGUUCAUCCGACUCCAGAGAUGCACCACCUCCGGUGUCUAACAAGGAGAAUGGUCAUCUUCCUGCCUUUUGCUCACCCAGACUCCAUCCAGGUCAGAGACCACAUGAAGAAAUGGCUGUUCCUCUUCAGCGUCUCUCCGCUUUGUGGGUACAGGCUACAGAUGGGUCACGGCCCUGGAGUAAUCCUUCACUCUCCUCUGCCUGCCUGCCACAGCAAGUCACGGUCUCCCGCGACCAUUUCCUUAACUCUGAGGUUUUGGGACCUGUCCAUGGCGCAGUAUAGGACUGUGGACCUGCAAUGCCCAUAUGAAAGUACCCCUGAAACUCCUGAAGUGGUUAGCCUACUAGCCUCCCCUAGCCCCCCCAGUACCACCAAGGAGAAGAUCAGCCCAUUUGUUGUCCCAAAGCCUAAAGUGUCCUGCUCCUACCAUCGAAUGACCGUGGAGCUCCCCUCUGGACCCAUCUCUGGAAUUGUUGUUAAAGACAUGAAAGGGAACCAGAUGAAACUCCAGGAUGCCCCAAAGCACUGUGGGUAUUCUGUAAUCAAAGGCAAGGAUGGCCAAAUCCGUUUGAGUCUCCAGUUACACUCACGUUGCCGCAUGAGUGUGCAGGGCCAAAUGUACAUCAUCACUGUUGUCUAUAUGACAGUAAAUGGGCAAAGGGAGGCUCAGCUUUCCUGUCCACUUGUCAUCCCAGGGUCUGGAAAAGAGUGCGAGCUUCCUAGCGAACAGCGUCUCCCCUGCGGACCCAGCUCUGUAUCCCAGCCACAGUGCCUCUCUGUGGGCUGCUGCUUCAGCAAGUACCCCCCUGCCUGCUACUACCCCAUGGAUGAGUGCACUAUUGACCGCCACUUUGUCUUCUUGGUGCCUGCCACCCUCACGGAGCCCCCUCUUUCCCCUGCCUUUCUUACCACUGCUGACAACUCCGCCUGCAAACCUCAGAGAGUGACUUCUGAAUAUGCCCUGUUCAAGAUCCCAAUAGACGGCUGUGGGACACGCAGAGUGACGGUGGGCAAAGCAGUGAUCUAUAUGGUGGAGGUUAUCAGCAGGUUUCAGGCAAUCAGCCUCAACUAUGGCACCAUCACAAGAAGUUCUCCUGUCAGGUUGUUAGUAGAGUGCCACUAUCUGCCAGAUACUGUCCUGACUGUGGGCUACCUGGUUAAAACACCUACUCUUGGACCUGGAGUUCAGACCCAAGGGAUAUUUGGAGUCCAGCUCAGGAUUGCCAAAGAUGGCCAGUACAGCAGCUACUACCCUCAGUAUCACCAGCCCCUGCAGAUGCUGCUGGGGAAACCCCUUUACCUGGAAGUGCGGCUGCUUAACGCCCCGGAUCCCAGUUUGGUGCUGCUGGUGCACUUCUGUGUGGCCUACCCCCGCUCUGGAAAUGCUGUGUGGGUGCUGCUUUACAAUGGAUGUCCAAACCCCUUGGAUCCAGCCCUUAAACAGGCUGUACUGCCUGACCCUCAACCACCGUCUUCUCCGGGUCAGACCCGUCGUUUCACCAUCAGCACCUUCCAGUUCCUUCCUGAUGGUGAUUUCAAGGAUCUGGAUGAAGAGAUCUACUUCAUGUGUUCAACUGAAGUCUGCUCGCCACGUGAUGGGCCUUGUGUUGAGGGUUGCUUUGGCCAACGACAUUAUCACAUGAAAGAUGCUUGAUGUUGGUCAAUAUGACAAGGUCUCAGACUUCACUUGUUUAACCACCAAUAAAAGCUCCUUAAGGACA